GAGCGGGAAUUUUGUUUCCAUGACAACAUACAAUACACAAGAUGGCGAAUAUUUCUCAGCUUUGUGCAUUGCAAGAACUUCUUAAACAGCCAGACGACGAAGAAAAUGUAAACUCAAGUGAAAUCUCGAAUCAUUUUCAAACACCAGGGCACAUAGGAAACUCCAAGACUCAUGAUAUUGAAAAACAAAAUGAAAAGAAAGGUGACUAUCCAAGAGGUAUUUGGGACGAUGAUGAAGUUUUAGAAUGUGAACUUCCUUCAGAUAAUUUGGAUGACAGAAUUGUUCCUAAGUAUGAGUCAAUGAGUGUUCUUAUGUAUGAGACAUUAUUCAAGCAAAAUAUUUCAUCAGAAGAUAUUUUCUUGGGAAUGAGUAGCAAAAAUCCAUCUACGGCUUGUUGUGAAGAUAUUGUGGUACUGGUAUAUUUACCGGAUACAAAGUAUGCUGAUGUGAUUUUAAAUGUUACAGACACGUUCGACGUUCAAACAACAAAAUACAAAUUGGGAUUUCAUUUCCCUCACAAUGUUGAAAGCAAGAGAGGUAAAGCACAGUGGAAUACAGAUGAAUGCUUACUGACUGUAACCGUACCUUUGAGAAGAGAAUAUGACUUUCUUAAUCAACUUACAUAGUAAAAAUACAAAAGCAUUUUAAUAUAGAUAUUUAAUAUAGAUCAAAAUACAUUUUCAUAAGAUUAUUUUGAUCAAAAUAAUUAUAUAAUAUUAGAUAAAUUGGGUGUACAAACAAUCAGCACAAGAUAUGUUAAGGAAUGAAGAAAGUUUUAUUUA